GCCCUCAAUGGCUUCCUCAUGGCAGUGACUGAAGACGGCUGUGUCUUCUACGUCUCCCCCACAGUCCAGGAUUACCUGGGGUUUCACCAAUCAGACAUCAUCUAUCAGAGUGUGUAUGAGCUGAUCCACAAGGAAGACAGAGCCGUGUUCCAGAGCCAGUUCCGCUGGCAUCCAGACCCAGCACCUGUCAGCAGAGCAGCGGAGCAGGACACCAGCUCUUUGCCUGGACAGAGGUUUCUCCCACUUGCCGGCACCCCCACUGACAACAUGCAGCAUCCUCCCCUGGAGAACUCCUCCUGUCUGGAGAGAAGCUUUGUCUGCCGAUUCCGCUGCCUUCUGGACAAUUCUUCCGGGUUUCUGGAAUUGAAUUUUCAGGGCCAUCUUAAAUUCCUCCCUGGGCAGAACAAGUCAGAGAAUGACGUCCUCUCGUCUCCUCAGCUCACCCUGUUUGCUGUUGCAACACCUCAUCAGCCUCUCACCAUCCUGGAGCUCCAAAAUAAACCAUUUCUUUUCCAAACAAAACACAAAUUGGAUUUCACACCUAUAGCCUGUGAUUCCAGAGGAAAGGUGAUCCUGGGCUACACGGAGAGUGAGCUCUGCAGGAAGGGGUCGGGCUACCAGUUCAUCCACGCUGCGGACAUGAUGUACUGCGCGGAGAACCACGUGCGGAUGAUGAGAACCGGCGAGAGCGGCCUCACGGUGUUCAGGCUGCUCACCAAGCGCGCCGGCUGGCUGUGGGUGCAGUCCAACGCGCGCCUCGUGUUCCGCGGCGGCCAGCCAGACUGCAUCGUGGCCCGGCAGCGGGCGCUGACGAACUCAGAGGGAGAGGAGCACCUGCACACGCGGACCCUGCGAUUGCCAUUCACCUUCAUCACAGGAGACCCAGGAUCUCUUUAUGGUGACAUGCUCUGAGAAGGCAAGCUGUGGUAUGCAGCUGCUUAGCAAGCCUCUGGACAGGUGUACCCGACCAGCAAUGCAGUUGGGAGCAGUCAUCUCCAGC